AUGGCAGGUAGCAAGGUGGUGCUAGAAGGGAGGAUAAGUAUUUUAAGCUUUAUCUCAGGGCUGGGCGUCAUUAUUAUUCCCUUACUUGUCAAAUUUGGCUCUCACAUUGACUGGAUAUUCGAUUAUCUCACUGAUGUGAACGGAAAACUAGCCAUUGCUGUGUAUAUUACAGUUAUCAAUGGCUUCCUCCUAAUCAUAUACAAGGGACCUUUAUACAAGGUGGCUGUUCGAGGCUGCUUUCUUGGAUUUGCCUUUGGCUGUGGCCUCAUUUUAAGUUUGGCAGAAACAACAUGGACACAUUUUGGCUGGUAUAUGUGUUCACUGUCAUUAUUUCACUACUCGGAGUACCUGGUUACUGCCAUUAUCAACCCACGCAGUCUGUCAUUAGACUCCUUCCUGCUCAACCACAGUGUUGAGUACACGGUAGCAGCUGUUUCUUCCUGGGUGGAGUUCACUGUGGAAAUGCUCCUUGUUCCAGAGCUAAAGCAGAUUAACUGGCUCUGUGUGUUGGGACUGGUGAUGGUUCUGUGUGGCGACAGCCUGCGCAAAGCUGCCAUGUUGACAGCAGGUUCCAACUUCAACCACAUAGUCCAGAAUGAGAAGGCCCAGUGCCACGUGCUGGUCACCAGUGGAGUUUAUGCACUCUUCCGACAUCCAUCCUAUGUGGGCUGGUUUUACUGGAGCAUUGGCACUCAGAUAAUACUGUGCAACCCGAUAUGUAUAUUGGGAUAUACGGUCGCCAGCUGGCGGUUCUUCCGAGAGCGGAUUGAGGAAGAGGAGAUCUCACUCAUCCAUUUCUUUGGAGAGGACUACAUUGAAUACAAAAAGAAGGUCUUCACUGGCUUGCCCUUCAUCUCAGGGAUCAGGGUUAACUCAUAAGGCUGUGCUGCAUUAAA